AUGUCGACCCUUGCGUCAGUUGAACCUACUAGCGGAAAGGCUCCUGUGCUCACUGCGGGAGACCUCACGCCAGCGGUUGCAAUGGAUUUCGAAAAUGCAGCCCAGGACUUUUUUGUUACGAAAUCAGUUCCCCUCGACAAACAAGUCGCGCUGAUCCUUCCGGGGAUUAAGGACAUACGUAUCCGCGACUGGAUCACAGCGGACCGCGCACGUAUCACCACUCUCUCUUUUGUCGAGUUCAUCAAGGAACUCCGUGCAAAUUACCUCCAGAGUGACUGGGAAGAUCAGAUUCGCAACCAAAUCCUUACUUCCACCCUCACUUCGUCCCACAAAUCAUUUUGGAAUUGGUCUCAGCACCUUCUCUCGCUCAACUGUCUUCUCCGUAACACCCCAUCCGCGCUCGACGACAUCGCUUUACACAAUCAUCUGGAGGCUCACUUAGAUGACGAGUUGAAAGAGAAAGUCAAGCAUAGCGAGGCUCGGAAUGAUAAAGUCUUUAAGACUUGGGUUGCCGCUGUCCGCGUUCUCGACGAAGCACGGACUACCGAGAACAAGAGACAAAUCGAUCUCAUCGAAGGCGCCCUUCAGCGUCAAGCGAAACGCCAGGCAACCGAUGCAAAUGCGCUUCGUGGCCCGUCCCGUCGCAAUAACUCUGCAGCAUCUACUUCCACCUCUACCACCUCGAAUCGCUUAGCUCCGCUUACCGAGGGCGAAAGGACCCUUCUCAAUGAACAUGACGGUUGCACAAAAUGCCGUCGAUUCUACGUGGGACAUCGUUCACAUAACUGCGAUUUGGGUUUCCCAACUGCGAAAGGGUACAAGACCCUCACUGUAGCGGACGCGCUCACCGCUAAGAAGGCAAAAGCUACGUCGAAGUCAACCACAAAAGCAGUUUCCGCGACCAUCUCCACGGUCGACUCCAGUGACGACGAAGUUACAGCAGCGGCUGCCGUCCUUCCUAAUUCUCCGAAGGUUUAUGCUUCGGAUUCGGAGGAAGAUGCUGACGUUUCUCGCUGUAAUGUGAGUGCGCCCCUCCGUGUUAAACAUCUAUUCUGGAACUGUCAGAUUCAUGGUCUGAUCGAUGACUUUCCAGUGAAAACGAGGGCACUCAUCGACAACGGCGCACACCUCGUCCUCAUCCGUCCAGAACUCGCUGCUGAACUAGGCCUAAAAAAAUAUCGUCUCCGAGAACCUGAAAUAGUCGACGUUGCCUUGAAAAACUCUGAAUCGAACCAUAGAUGUGAACUCUCCAAAUACGUUAAACUUUCGUUUACUUCCCUAGACGCCAGAUGGACCUCACGAAAAGUUAAAGCCAUCAUCGCCCCGGGCCUCUGUGCCCCUGUAAUACUUGGUCUCCCUUUCCUGCAGCAUAAUUCAAUUGUGGUAGAUCACGCAGACCGUUCGUGUAUAGAUAAAAAAUCAGGAUACGAUCUUUUGAACCCCCCUCCUUGUCUUCCUCCUCCACCGCCCAAACCUCGUUUGCGAGAACAAAUAAAAAAUACAAAGGCGGAUAAGAAAUUGGUACUGGCAGAACUAAUGUUGAUGUGCCAUGAUCGCCAAAAAUCUGGUAAAGGAAUUCCUGAAGAAGUAGCGCCUUUUAAUGUUGCAGGCGCGAUCCGCGAACGCGUCGAAACACUCGCUGCUGAAGAGGCCCUUCAAAAGCGAGAAAAAGGAAUUAAAUCAGAAUUCAAAGAAAUUUUUGAACCCAUCCCACACAUAGAUGAACUACCUACAGGAAUCGUCGCCGAAAUACAUUUGAAAAAUGCAGAAAAAACAAUAAAAACGAGAACAUACCCUUCACCUCGCAAAUACAAAGAGGCAUGGCAAAUUCUCAUUCAACAACACCUUGAUGCCGGUCGUAUACGCCCGUCAUCAUCUCCAUUCGCUUCACCAGCAUUCAUUGUACCUAAAGCGAACCCGAAUGUAUUGCCGCGGUGGGUCAACGACUACCGUCAACUAAAUGAAAACACGGUGACCGACAGCCACCCACUUCCGCGCAUCGAUGAUAUAUUAAACGAUUGCGCGAAAGGCAAAAUUUGGGCAACUAUUGACAUGACGAAUAGUUUUUUUCAAACCCGAAUGCAUCCUGAUCACAUUCCUCUAACCGCCGUCACCACUCCAUUAGGUCUAUAUGAGUGGCUAGUAAUGCCCAUGGGGUUGAAAAAUGCACCAGCGAUACACCAGCGACGUGUCACCUUGGCCCUACGACAAUACAUUGGGAAAAUCUGCCAUAUAUACCUUGACGAUAUCGUAAUCUGGUCUAACACUAUUGAAGAACAUGUAUCUAACGUGCAGACAAUACUCCAAGCUCUCCAUGAUGCACGUCUGUACGUUAAUCCUGACAAAACACAUUUAUUUUGUCGGGAAAUCGACUUUCUCGGUCAUCAUAUUAGUGCACGCGGAAUCGAGGCAGACUCAAAAAAGGCCGACCGUAUUCUGGCAUGGCCACAACCUAAAUCAGUCACAGACGUCCGCGCUUUCCUGGGUCUUGUACGUUACUUGGCGGCUUUCCUUCCUGCACUGGCUGAACAUACCGGCAUUCUAACGGAGCUCACAAUUAAAGAAUGCGAGAAAGCCUUCCCAACUUGGACGGAUCGCUAUCAAACGGCUUUUGACAGCAUCAAAGCAAUUGUAACCAGUCGGGAAUGCCUGACAACAAUUGAUCUGUCCAAGUUACCAGAAUACAAGAUUUUCGUCACCACCGAUGCUAGUGACAAACGUUCGGGGGCCAUUCUAUCCUUUGGCACCACUUGGGAAAAUGCGCGCCCUGUCGCUUUCGAUUCUAUGACAUUCAAAGGGGCCGAACUGAACUACCCUGUCCACGAAAAGGAGCUACUUGCUAUCAUUCGUGCCUUGAAGAGGUGGCGAGUGGACUUACUUGGGUCCCCCUUUUUCAUCUAUACUGAUCAUAAAACCUUGGAAAACUUCGUGACACAAAGGGACCUCUCACGCCGCCAGGCACGGUGGAUGGAAUUUAUGUCCCAAUUUGACGCCAAAAUCAUCUACAUCAAGGGCGAGGACAACACAGUGGCUGACGCGUUGUCGCGCUUACCCUACUCGACUUCCUCACAAGAAGCAGAAACCUCUGCCCAACAUCCUUACAACUUCUGUCCGGAUGAUGAAUCCGAAAACAUGAUUGCAAGCAUAUUUCAUUGCACUACCCAGGGCCCUCGCGAUGCAGCUAAAUCACUCGCACAUGCGUCAGACGAUAUGUCUUCCGUCAACGCGACCCUUAAAAUUUCGUCUGAUGAAACCUUCUUGCAGGACAUCAAAGCAGGGUACGCGGAAGAUUCAUGGUGUAAAACGUUACCCUCUGCAGCCCUAAGCCUACCGACACUCCAACUUCGCGACGACCUCUGGUAUAUUGGCAACCGGCUGAUCAUUCCACGCACCGGGAGCUUGCGCGAAACCCUAUUCAUGCUCGCACACGACACUCUGGGCCACUUCGGUUUUCACAAAACCUACGGAUCCCUGCGCGACGCUUAUUAUUGGCCAAAUAUGCGACGUGAUCUUGAAGAGGGUUACAUCAAAUCCUGUCCGGAAUGUCAACGCAACAAAAGCAGUACGACAAAACCCCUUGGUCCUUUACAUCCCCUUCCCAUUCCAGACCAACGCGGCGACUCUGUCGCUAUUGACUUCAUCGGACCGUUACCGGAAGAUGAAGGAAAAAACUGCAUAAUCACAUUCACUGAUCGUUUGGGAAGUGACAUCAGGAUCAUCGCGACACGCACCGAUAUCACAGCCGAAGAUUUAGCCACUCUUUUCUUUGAUGAGUGGUAUUGCGAGAACGGGUUACCAGCUGACAUCGUCUCCGACAGGGAUAAACUCUUCGUGUCGCGGUUCUGGAAAGCGUUACACCGUCUCACAGGUGUUAAACUGAAGAUGUCAACUGCGUACCACCCGGAAACCGACGGCGCCAGUGAACGUACCAAUAAAACAGUAAAUCAAGCUCUCCGUUUUCACGUCGAACGGAACCAACUGGGUUGGGCACGCGCGUUGCCUCGAAUUCGAUUUGACAUGAUGAACACCGUCAACAAAUCGACUGGCUUUUCGCCUUUCCAACUUCGCAUGGGCCGAAGCCCCCGAAUCAUCCCUCCUCUUGUACCCGCCAAAUCGAAUGCUACCGUCACGGACAUUGACACAUGGCAUGUAAUACGGAAACUGGAGACGGAUGUUCUCGAAGCGCAGGACAACUUGUUGAAGGCUAAGAUUUCACAAUCUACUCAAUCGAAUAAACACCGCACACUGAAGUUCCCGUUUGAAAUAGGUUCUCGUGUGCGAUUAUCAACAUUGCAUCGACGGAACAAUUACAAGGCGAAGGGCGAGAAGCGCGUCGCAAAAUUUAUGCCUCGCUAUGACGGCCCUUACACCAUUAUCGACGUCGACGAGGACCACUCAACGGUAACACUCGACCUCCCGAAUUCUCCCAACAUCUUCCCUGUUUUCCACACAUCCGAAAUCCUUCCCUACAUUGAAUCCGACACAUCUCUAUUUCCUUCCCGCCAUCUUGAAGAACCCCGCCCUAUCAUCACUGAAGACGGACAAGAAGAAUACUCGAUCGAUAAAAUAUUGGACGCGCGCCGACGAGGUCGUGGCUACCAAUAUCUCGUUCGUUGGUCCGGCUACGGCGCAGAACACGACAAAUGGCUCCCAGGCUCUGAACUUCAAGAUUGCGAGGCUCUCGACCGUUGGUUAGAAUCGCGAGUUGGUUCACCUUAA